AUGGCUUUCUCUAUGCAUUCCCACUCUGGGCAAUUUUGUCCCGGGCACGCUAAAGACUGCUUAGAAGAUAUAAUCCUCACUGCCAUCGCAAAAGGAAUGCAGACUUUCGCACUCACAGAACACAUGCCCCGCAAUUCCGAAGAAGAUCUAUACCCCGAAGAAAUAGCAGCCGGCGACACCAUCGACCCCACAUACUCCAACCACAACGCCUACAUCACCGAAGCCCUCCGCCUCCGCUCAAAAUACACCUCCCAGCUGCACAUCCUCAUCGGAUUCGAAGGGGAAUGGAUCCGGCCCUCCUACGGGCCUCUCAUCACCUCCCUCUCCUCCAACCCAGCCAUCGACUUCGUGCUCGGCUCCGUACAUCACGUGCACGGGCACCCCAUCGACUACGACACCUCUUUCUAUGCGCAAGCAGUCGCUGCAUCAGGCGGCAGCGAUGAGAAGUGCUUCGAGGCCUAUUUUGACAGCCAGUUUGAAAUGUUGCUGGCGCUGAGGCCGAAGGUCGUGGCGCAUUUUGAUCUGAUUCGGCUUAUGUGCGCUACGCCUAAUAUAUCACUGCGCUCGCUUCCGGGGGUCUGGGAGAAGGUUGUGAGGAAUUUGAGGGUGGUGGUUGAGCAGGGGGGGUUGUUGGAGAUUAAUAGUGCGGGGUUGAGGAAGGGGUUGCAGGAGCCGUAUCCGGGGAGGGCGGUUUGUGAGGCGUUUAUGGGGAUGGGGGGGCGUUUUACGCUGAGUGAUGAUAGUCAUGGGAUUGAGCAGGUGGGGACGAAUUAUAGAAGGACGUUUGAGUAUUUGGAGGGGCUUGAGGUGGAGGAGUUGUGGACUUUUGAGAGGAGUAAGGAGGGCUUGGGGGUUAAGAGUGUGAGUUUGGCAUAUUUGAAAGCCACUUUCAGGGAAUGA